UCGAUCCGACGUCGCGGCAACAGGCUCAAUCGGGCCCAGCGUGGUGCACUCGGAACGUUUUUCCGCCACCGCCUCCGUCGUACGCAGUUCGUGUAGUGAUUUUCCGUUUUUCAUUUUCCGGUGUCGUGUGCGCACAUCGAGUCCGAGACCGAUUUUCACCGAUUUGUGUUCCGGCUCGUCGAAUAACCUUCACCGCGUUCGCAGAGUGAAAUAAGCGAAGAAAUACAAAAAAAGCCCAUCGCCACUUCAAAAAUGACAUCGAAAAACGACCAAAGUCCAAAGUCGAGCGGCAGUCUCCGUAAACCGUCGCUGUUAACGGCUGGUUCGAAGAGCGUGGAGGACCAGAAGAUCCGUCACGACAGCGGCAGUAAGGCUUCGCUGUCGGCCGUCAAGUGGCACUCGGCACCGGCGACUGAACGCGAAGACGUCAGACCGUCGUCAGCGUCCGCGUACAAGUUGACAUCUGCGGCAAUCGAAGUGGCGGCGGCCGGUGGCGGUAGCGGUUGGAGACCGCUUCAGCGGCAAAAAGUGGUGACCGCGGCACCGACGCUCGAAGAGGACGAGGAUGGACGUUCAGCGUCGAUGGCGGCCGCGGCCGACGCUGACCGGUCACCGCGAAAACGGUCGGCGGUAGUGCGUCGCGGUUACAGUUGCCAGGAACCGUGCGCCGCCCGUCGGCCGAUGACGAUGAACAAUUGCGGUUGCGUGGCCGUUGGUGGAGUGGGCGGCGCCAUCACGGCGGCUGGCGAGAACAGGAGACGCUGGCUGUCGGCGGACACGGGCGGCAACGGCCACGCGGUGACCGGCACCAGCCGGUCAAUGGAGUGCCUGCCGUCGCCCCAACCGCCGUCCACGCCACACCACCUGCACCGGAGCAGCUUCAUAAUGGCCGCGGACGACCGAAAGUCGCUGGACAGUGGCCUGGAUGACGUUGCGGCCACGGCUGCCGCCGCUGAGAUGGCUGACCGCCGGCGCGGCAUGUUCGCGUCCACUCGGACGUCCGUGCCGUCGCACCUGUCGCUCGCUUUGCCGUCAUGUGAGCGCCGGUUGACCAUCCUGUCGCCGCACACGCACACGCCGACCACUCCCGCGGCCUUCUACUCGUCGUCAGCGUCCACAGAGACCGCUUGGCACUUUUGUACGUCGUCCACAGCUGCCGCCAUGGCGUCGUCCACGUCGUUCGCGUCCCACUCAACUGCGGCCGCGUCGUCCACAUCUACUUCCGCAGCCACGUCCACCUGCCGUUCACGCAAGAAGAAUCGGCCUGGCAUGGUGUUGCCCCGUCUCGUGCUUCCCGGAAGUUCCGACUUGGACAUAUUCUCACAUUUUGAUGUGGAAAAUGGAGCUGGCACAAGUCCUGGUAGAUCACCACUGGACGGUGGAGGCACAUCCCCGUCAGCUGGUCUGGUGCUACAAAAUUUGCCACAGCGUCGGGAGUCGUUCCUGUACAGGUCUGACUCCGAUUUUGAAGUGUCGCCAAAGUCCAUGUCCAGGAACUCGUCCAUUGCCAGUGAAAGAUUGAAAGAGACUGAAGCCAUUUUGGAAAGAUCAACCCAUGGCGAAGAUCUCAUCGUUACACCGUUUGCACAAAUACUGGCGAGCCUACGAAGCGUCCGCAAUAAUUUCUUGAGCCUCACCAAUGUACCAUCACAAAAGUCUCGGAGAUCAUCCGGCGCCGCGGGCAACAGUACUCCACAAAGCCGAGUUGUCAAUCCCGGAGAUGACGCAUAUCUCAAGAUGUCCAUCGAGACUAUCGAGGAACUGGAUUGGUGUUUGGAUCAAUUGGAAACCAUCCAGACACAUAGAUCAGUUUCAGACAUGGCAUCGUCAAAGUUCAAAAGAAUGCUUAACAAAGAGCUUAGUCACUUCUCCGAGUCUAGUAAAUCCGGAAAUCAAAUAUCUGAAUACAUUUGUUCUACGUUUCUUGACAAACAACAAGAGUUGGAUAUACCUUCACUGCAUACCGACGAUAACCAACAGGACGAGGCUAGACAGAACAAAGCGUCGUCGUCUUCCGGCGCUUCGACCAGUUCUCAGUCCGGCUCGCAGUCCAAGAAAAAAGUCACCAAAGUGACGCCAAUGUCGCAUAUAUCUGGCGUGAAGAGAGCCUUAUCGCACACAAACAGUUUUGCCGGCGAACGAUUGCCGAAAUUCGGCGUGGACACGCCCAAAGAAGAAGAAUUGGGACACACUUUGGCCGAAAUAGACAAAUGGGGUAUCGAUAUAUUCCGGAUAGCCGAUUUGACCAACAACCGACCGCUGACGGCCAUAGCGUAUACCGUGUUCCAGAACCGAGAGCUAUUGAAAACGUUCAUGAUUCCUGCUAAAACGUUCGUUGCGUUCAUGAUGACCCUAGAGGAUCAUUACGCCAAAGACAAUCCUUUCCACAACAGCACCCAUGCGGCGGACGUCGUUCAGUCCACCAACGUCCUGCUGAACUCGCCGGCUUUGGAGAGCGUUUUUACUCCGCUGGAAAUCACCGCUGCCCUCUUCGCGGCCGCCAUACACGACGUCGACCAUCCCGGACUGACCAAUCAGUUUCUCAUCAACUCGAGUUCUGAAUUGGCUCUGAUGUACAACGACGAGUCCGUGCUCGAAAACCAUCAUUUAGCUGUGGCUUUCAAACUUUUACAAAACGACGGGUGUGACAUAUUCCAGAACAUCAACAAAAAACAAAGGCAAACUCUGAGAAAAAUGGUCAUCGACAUGGUACUUUCCACUGACAUGUCCAAACAUAUGAGCCUGUUGGCAGACCUCAAAACCAUGGUGGAAACAAAAAAAGUGGCCGGUUCCGGGGUAUUGUUGCUGGACAACUACACCGACAGAAUACAAGUCUUGCAAAACUUGGUACAUUGCGCGGACUUGAGUAACCCCACCAAACCGUUGGAACUAUACAAACGAUGGGUCGACCUGUUGAUGGAGGAAUUCUUCCAGCAGGGUGACAAAGAGCGAGAACAAAACCUGGACAUCAGUCCGAUGUGCGACAGGCACAGUGCUACGAUCGAAAAAUCACAGGUCGGAUUCAUCGAUUACAUCGUGCACCCUCUGUGGGAGACGUGGGCUGACUUGGUGCAUCCCGACGCCCAGGAAAUACUCGACACCCUCGAAGAAAACAGAGACUGGUACCAGAGUAUGAUUCCACCCAGCCCACCCAACGACGAGUCCGAAGACCGCGACAGCGGUGACGAUGACGACUCCAAGCCCUCGGCUAGCGACCAGGACCCGAACAUCAGGUUUCACGUGACGCUCGAGGAAGGUGACGAAGACUCGGUGGCCGCGAUGUGACGCAAACUAGUCGGCUGGUGUCGCAAGCUGGGCGAAAAAGUCAACUCCUGGUGGAGGACCAAACAAUGAGCAAAACAACGAGCGACUCACCUCGUCCCCGUCUCUUGGAAACAAAAAAAAUAUAUAAAACCAAACGCCCCUUGUCCCCCCCCCCCAAGAAUUACAUGGUGUGUCCGUGUAUCUGUGUGUGUGAGUGUGUAUACGUGUGCGUGUGCGUGUACGGAAUCUAUCCAAAACGCUUUUUUUUUGUCUAUGUAAAAAAUAAAACCAAGUUUAAAAAAAGAUAAUGAUUAAUGAUAAUAAUAAACAAAAAACGAAAAAAAAAUUAAUUAACUGCAAAUUCCUUUAAUCUCAUUUACAUAUAGUUAUAUAUACAUGAAAAUAUAUAAAACACAGAUAAAAAAAAAACACUUUAUUAUUAUUAAUAUUUUGAUGUAAUUUUGUUGUUAUACAUUUAGGUACGUAUUAUUAAUUAUUAAUUAAUGUUAGUUUGUGUUGUUCGGAGAGAGAAUUUGCUCGUUUGUUUUUUUUUUUUUUUUUUUUUAUUAUUAUUGAAUACCGUUUUCGUAGUUAUUCUUCUUUUGAUUUUUCAAAUAAUUAUCUUUCUUGUUUAGUCAUUAUUUUAAUAUUUAUUGAUGUUAUAGCUGUUUAAUAAAAAGAAAUGAUGUUAUAAAUAAGAAUAUAUACAAUUAACUAUUGUCAUAAUUAAUAGUUAUAUUAUUAAUCGUAUAUCUUUCGGACAUAUAAUUUUAAGUAAUACAAACAAAUGUUUAUCCCUGAAAAUGAACCUAACCUGACUAAAAUAUCAAGUGAAGAAGUAACGAUUGAUUUGCUGAUCAUAUUGUAACCAACGGAAUUUUGGCUUUGAUCUUUUUUAUAUACAUAAAUAUUUUUUUUUUAUUUAUAAUUUAAGUUAUUAUAAAAAAAAAAUAUAUAAAACUUUCGUUGACAUUUUUAUCA